CGAAUCUGAUUCUCCCAACAAAGGCUUUGGUAUUGCACAGCAAAGAUGAAAGUUCUUCCAAUCCUGACCGUCUUAUGCAUUACCCUGGCCUUGUGCCAUGGAGCUUGUUUAGUGGCACCACCCCAACUAACCAUAAAAGAUGGUAAAAUUGUGGAUCCAGACGGCUGUGUUGAUCCUUUUGAUGGGAGUAAACAUCCUUUUCAAUCUGAGUGGAACACAGAAAACUGUCAUAUUUGUUACUGCGAUAGUAAAGGAGAAGUACAAUGCUGUUCCAGAUAUGGCAGUAUCGCAGUGGCUGAAGGAUGCAAAGCAGUUGUCGACCCAGAAACAUGCACAUACAAAUUCUAUAAGGCUGAUGACCCUUCAACACCAUGCCCAGGGUUUUAAAUCCCAACUUUGUUCCCUUCAUAUAUGAAAACGGAAUAAAUCACUUCCUUCCACCUC